AUAGCAGAUUAAGAGAUAGCCUCAUUUUUAAUAAAUUUUUCAUCGAGACUAUUGAAUAUCACCUCGUAUAGGGGUUUCUCUGUUGUAUCUUCUGAGGGACGCUAAACUUUUCAUCUAUAUUUCUUAAAGAGACGAGUGCAUAAUGUUAUGUCAUCCUUGCAUAACCAUACUUCUUGGUUAACUGUUAAUAUAAGACAUUAAAAUGAAUAAACAAUUAUCGUGUCAGUUAAAUUCUAAAUUAUUUCAUAAUGUUAAGAUGAAAUUUAAAUAAAACAUGCCCUUAAAUAAAUUUCUGUGAGAAAAUUCCUUAUAUUAUAUUUGUUGAAAGAAGAAAUUUUAUGGAUAUUUAAUAUUAUACAGUAAGGAGAAUCAUUAACAUAACAUAAUGAAGGAUUUAAAUAAUAGUUCGGAACCAAGCGUAACAUUAUUAUACAGUUCCGAUAAGAAAAACAUGGAACAUACCCUUAACAGACCACAUGUGAAAAGAGAAAAGUUGUCUCAAAUUAAAUGUGUGUAUGUGAAGACUAACGAUUUAAAUAUUGUAGCCCAAAAAGUACUAAGAAAUAAAUACAAAGUUAUAAGAUUAUCAAAGCAAUCAAAAAAACAAAGGAAAUCAGCAAUCAGUAGGGAUUGUAAUAAAGCAAAUAAAGAUUUUCUUCAAAUUGAAAGAAUAUACAGUAUGCCUUCCUUGGAGACGAAUAAAAAAAAAUUAAGAAACAACUCUCUGAAUAUCAGUCAACGUAAAUUAAUUUCAAAUAAUUAUACAUCGUAUUGUAAAAACUAUGUUGUAAAUAAUUUAGAAGUGCUAAAUACUCCAGAAACAUCCUGUCUCAAUGACUUUUUACAAACACGUUUAAAACUGUAUCGAUGCCAACUAAAUGUUAAAGAGGAAACAUGUUGUUGUUCGUGCAAUUCUGAUGCUAUGUUCGAAGUUAUGAAAGGUUUAUAUGAUUGCUAUAAGAAAAAAAAUUGUGAUCAUUGUAAGUGUAUACUAUGUGGUCAUUUGCCAAGAGAGGAGCGAAAAUUAGGAGAAAUGCGGAAGUCUGCAGCUAGUAUGGUUUCGGCAGAACCAGUGAGGGAAAUAAAAAAAGAAAAAUUAAAAGCGAUAAAAGCUGGCAUUACCACCCCCUUGGAAGGUAAAAGCAGAGCUGAGAAAGAAAAAAUAUUAAAAGACUUUGCAAAAACAGGUGGACUAUUACCAGAAGGAAAAACCGCAUCGGAAAAGGAGCUAAUAAAAAAAAUUAAGACGGAACUGGGCCUUCCACGGGAACCUAAAACAGAUGAAGAAAAAGAAAAACUUCGAAAGGCACAUCUAGCUGGUUUAGUUACUCCUUUAGAAGGCAAAACUGCUUCUCAAAAAGCAAAAAUUUUAAAAAAGCAAAUGGAAAUGGGUGUGCCCCUACCUGAAGGAAGAACACCUUCUGAAAAAGUCUUAAUACACAAAAUAAAAACUGGUGCCAUUGCCCCAUCAGAACAUAAAAUAUCUUCUGCGAAAUUAGAAAAAGCUGUAGCCGAAGGAUUACUUACGCCGUUGGAAGGAAAAUCUCCGGAACAAAAAGAAAAAAUUUUAAGAGGUCUGGCAAUGAAUGGAAUCCCGCUUCCUGAAGGUAAAACUGCUUCAGAAAAAAAACUCAUCAAUAAAGUUCGAGAUGAAGUGGGUUUACCACCUUCACCGGAAACUGCAUCAGCAAAAAAAAAGUAUCAAAAAGCAAUGGCAAAAGGACUUAUUACGCCAUUAGAAGGUAAAACUGCAGCGCAAAAAGAAAAGAUUUUAAAAGGUCAAGCAGAUCUAGGAUUGACUUUACCCGAGGGAAGAACUGCGUCAGAAAAAGCAAUCAUAGAAAAAGUAAAGGGGGCCGCGCCACCUCCUUCAGAGUAUAGGGUUCCAUCUGCGAAAUUACGGAAGGCUAAAGCUGAAGGAUUAAUAACACCCUUGGAAGGAAAACCGCCGGAGCAGAAAGAAAAAAUACUACGAGGUCUAGCAAUGAAUGGGGUUCCACUUCCCGAUGGUAAAACUGAAUCGGAAAAAAAACUUGUCAAUAAAGUUCGAGCUGAAGUAGGAUUACCACCUUCACCAGAAACUGCUUCAGAUAAAAAGAAAUAUCAAAAAGCAAUGGCAGCUGGGCUGAUCACGCCACUAGAAGGAAAAACUGCAGCACAAAAAGAAAAGAUUUUAAAAGGUCAAGCAGAUUUAGGUUUAUCCUUACCAGAGGGACGUACAGAUUCAGAAAAGGCAAUCAUAGCAAAAAUAAAAGCAACCGCUGCACCACCUCCUAAGUACAAAGUACCAUCAACAAAGUUGCGUAAAGCUAAAGCUGCGGGGUUAAUAACGCCGUUAGAAGGAAAACCACCAGACCAGAAAGAGAAAAUACUAAAAGGUUUAGCAAUGCAUGGAAUUCCUCUACCUGAGGGCAAAACUGCAUCAGAAAAAAAACUUAUCGACAAAGUCCGAGCUGAAGUAGGAUUGCCGCCUUCACCAGAAACUGCUUCGGAUAAAAAGAAAUAUGAAAAAGCAAUGGCAGCUGGAUUGAUUACGCCACUGGAAGGCAAAACUGCAGCACAAAAAGAAAAAAUUCUAAGGGGUCAAGCAGAUUUAGGUUUGCCUCUACCCGAAGGACGUACGGCAUCAGAAAAAGCUAUCAUAUCAAAAGUCAAAGCAGCUGCUCCACCUCCUUCCGAAUACAAAGUGCCUUCUGUAAAACUACGUAAAGCUAAAGCAGAAGGACUUUUGACACCGCUAGAAGGAAAAACACCGGCACAAAAAGAAAAAAUUCUGAAAGGUUUAGCUAUGCAGGGAAUCCCGAUUCCUGAAGGUAAAACUGCAUCAGAAAAAAAACUUGUGAAUAAGGUUCGAGCUGAAGUAGGAUUACCACCGUCACCGGAAACUGCUUCGGAUAAAAAGAAAUAUCAAAAAGCAAUGGCAGCUGGGCUGAUCACGCCACUGGAAGGAAAAACUGCAGCACAAAAAGAAAACAUUUUAAAAGGUCAAGCAGAUUUAGGUUUAUCCUUACCAGAGGGACGUACAGAUUCAGAAAAGGCAAUCAUAGCAAAAAUAAAAGCAACCGCUGCACCACCUUCUAAGUACAAAGUACCAUCAACAAAGUUGCGUAAAGCUAAAGCUGCGGGGUUAAUAACGCCGUUAGAAGGAAAACCACCAGACCAGAAAGAGAAAAUACUAAAAGGUUUAGCAAUGCAUGGAAUUCCUCUACCUGAGGGCAAAACUGCAUCAGAAAAAAAACUUAUCGACAAAGUCCGAGCUGAAGUAGGAUUGCCGCCUUCACCAGAAACUGCUUCGGAUAAAAAGAAAUAUGAAAAAGCAAUGGCAGCUGGAUUAAUUACGCCACUGGAAGGCAAAACUGCAGCACAAAAAGAAAAAAUUCUAAGGGGUCAAGCAGAUUUAGGUUUGCCUCUACCCGAAGGACGUACGGCAUCAGAAAAAGCUAUCAUAUCAAAAGUAAAAGCAGCUGCUCCACCUCCUUCCGAAUACAAAGUGCCUUCUGUAAAACUACGUAAAGCUAAAGCGGAAGGAUUUUUGACUCCGUUAGAAGGAAAAACACCCGCACAAAAAGAAAAAAUUUUGAAAGGUUUAGCUAUGCAUGGAAUCCCACUUCCUGAAGGUAAAACCGCAUCAGAAAAAAAACUUGUGAAUAAGGUUCGAGCGGAAGUGGGAUUGCCACCUUCACCGGAAACUGCUUCGCAGAAAAAGAAAUACGAAAAAGCAAUGGCUGCUGGACUUAUUACGCCCCUAGAAGGGAAAACUGCAGCACAAAAAGAAAAAAUUCUAAGGGGUCAAGCAGAUUUAGGUUUGCCUCUACCCGAAGGACGUACGGCAUCAGAAAAAGCUAUCAUAUCAAAAGUCAAAGCAGCUGCUCCACCUCCUUCCGAAUACAAAGUGCCUUCUGUAAAACUACGUAAAGCUAAAGCAGAAGGACUUUUGACACCGCUAGAAGGAAAAACACCGGCACAAAAAGAAAAAAUUCUGAAAGGUUUAGCUAUGCAGGGAAUCCCGAUUCCUGAAGGUAAAACUGCAUCAGAAAAAAAACUUGUGAAUAAGGUUCGAGCUGAAGUAGGAUUACCACCGUCACCGGAAACUGCUUCGGAUAAAAAGAAAUAUCAAAAAGCAAUGGCAGCUGGGCUGAUCACGCCACUAGAAGGAAAAACUGCAGCACAAAAAGAAAAGAUUUUAAAAGGUCAAGCAGAUUUAGGUUUAUCCUUACCAGAGGGACGCACAGAUUCAGAAAAGGCAAUCAUAGCAAAAAUAAAAGCAACCGCUGCACCACCUUCUAAGUACAAAGUACCAUCAACAAAGUUGCGUAAAGCUAAAGCUGCGGGGUUAAUAACGCCGUUAGAAGGAAAACCACCAGACCAGAAAGAGAAAAUACUAAAAGGUUUAGCAAUGCAUGGAAUUCCUCUACCUGAGGGCAAAACUGCAUCAGAAAAAAAACUUAUCGACAAAGUCCGAGCUGAAGUAGGAUUGCCGCCUUCACCAGAAACUGCUUCGGAUAAAAAGAAAUAUGAAAAAGCAAUGGCAGCUGGAUUAAUUACGCCACUGGAAGGCAAAACUGCAGCACAAAAAGAAAAAAUUCUAAGGGGUCAAGCAGAUUUAGGUUUGCCUCUACCCGAAGGACGUACGGCAUCAGAAAAAGCUAUCAUAUCAAAAGUAAAAGCAGCUGCUCCACCUCCUUCCGAAUACAAAGUGCCUUCUGUAAAACUACGUAAAGCUAAAGCGGAAGGAUUUUUGACUCCGUUAGAAGGAAAAACACCCGCACAAAAAGAAAAAAUUUUGAAAGGUUUAGCUAUGCAUGGAAUCCCACUUCCUGAAGGUAAAACCGCAUCAGAAAAAAAACUUGUGAAUAAGGUUCGAGCGGAAGUGGGAUUGCCACCUUCACCGGAAACUGCUUCGCAGAAAAAGAAAUACGAAAAAGCAAUGGCUGCUGGACUUAUUACGCCCCUAGAAGGGAAAACUGCAGCACAAAAAGAAAAAAUUCUAAGGGGUCAAGCAGAUUUAGGUUUGCCUCUACCCGAAGGGCGUACGGCAUCAGAAAAAGCUAUCAUAUCAAAAGUCAAAGCAGCUGCUCCACCUCCUUCCGAAUACAAAGUGCCUUCUGUAAAACUACGUAAAGCUAAAGCAGAAGGACUUUUGACACCGCUAGAAGGAAAAACACCGGCACAAAAAGAAAAAAUUCUGAAAGGUUUAGCUAUGCAGGGAAUCCCGAUUCCUGAAGGUAAAACUGCAUCAGAAAAAAAACUUGUGAAUAAGGUUCGAGCUGAAGUAGGAUUACCACCGUCACCGGAAACUGCUUCGGAUAAAAAGAAAUAUCAAAAAGCAAUGGCAGCUGGGCUGAUCACGCCACUAGAAGGAAAAACUGCAGCACAAAAAGAAAAAAUUUUACAGGGUCAAGCAGAUUUAGGUUUGCCUCUACCCGAAGGGCGUACAGCAUCAGAAAAAGCUAUCAUAGCAAAAGUAAAAGCAGCUGCCCCACCUCCUUCUGAAUACAAGGUGCCAUCGGCGAAGUUGCGAAAAGCGAAAGCUGAAGGGUUACUGACUCCUUUAGAAGGCAAAACUCCAGAGCAGAAAGAAAAAAUAAUAAAAGGUUUAGCAAUGGUUGGUAUCCCUUUACCUGAAGGAAAAACGUCUUCAGAAAAAAAAAUUAUAAAAAAAGUUAGAGAAGAAGUCGGAUUGCCACCAGAACCUAAAACAGAGGCUGAGAAAAAGAAAUAUAGAGAAGCAGCUGCUGCUGGCUUUAUAACACCUUUAGAGGGAAAAACGUUAUCUCAAAAGAAAGCUAUUCUCCAAGGGCAAGCUGAUAUGGGAAUCGAGUUACCGGAAGGUAGAACUGCUUCCGAAAAAGAAAUCAUAAACGAACUAAAAAGGGGCCCAAAAAAAGUAAAAUUAAAAUCAAUAGCUAUAGAAGCAGGUAAGCCAGCCUUACCCCCAGAAAAAAGACAAAAACUUGAUAAAAAAACUGCGAAGGUUAUGAAGGAAGGGAAAGGACCUAGUGAUGAAUGCAUUUGUGGUUUGUUAACUCCAGAAUCAGAAAGAGUUCCCAGGGAAAGUCGGAUUAUACCCCCAGGAAAAAUUACGUCCGAAAAGCUAAAAUUAGCAAAAGCUGAAGGUUUUCUAACUCCUCUUGAAGGUAAAACUAAUGCUCAAAAAGAAAAAAUAUUAAGGGGUCUUGCUAAGAAAGGAUUACCAUUACCAGAAGCCAAAACAGCUUCUGAAAGGAAAAUUAUUGAUAAAGUUCGUCAAGAAAUGGGUUUGCCACCAGAACCUAAAACACGUUCUUUAAAAGAAAAAUAUGCACAGGCUCAAGCUGCUGGUGUUAUAACACCUUUAGAGGGUAAAACGACCUCAGAAAAAGAAAAAAUAUUGACUAAGCAGGCUAAGAUGGGUGUGCCCCUUCCAGAAGGACGAACGGCAUCUGAGAAAGCUCUUAUUAACAAAAUUAAAGCAACUAUGAUUCCACCAGAAACAACAUCAGAAAAAUUAAGAAAAGCUAAAGCAGCUGGUCUGUUGACCCCGCUUGAGGGAAAAACACCCGAAGAAAAGGAAAAGAUAAUAAAAAAUUUAGCGAAAGCAGGACUUCCAUUACCAGAAGGCAAAACAUCCUCAGAAAAGCAACUCAUUAAGAAAGUUAGAGAUGAUAUGGGCUUACCAACAGCAGGUCUUCCAUCAGAAAAAUUUCGUAAGGCCCAAGCCGCCGGUCUUAUAACACCUUUAGCCGGAAAAACUCCUGCACAAAAAGAAAAGAUCUUAAAGGGAAGGCUAGCUGCUGGAUUACCACUACCAGAAGGUGUUACUACAUCGGACAAAGAAUUAAUAAAAAAAGUGAAAGCUGCAACUGGCUAUGUUUCUCCUCCUACAAAAACUGCUUCAGAAAAGUUACGUAGAGCUAAAAUGGCUGGCUUAUUGACUCCUUUGGAAGGUAAAACUGCAGAGCAGAAAAAAAAUAUUCUAAAAGGAUUAGUUAAAGAAGGUAUUCCUUUACCUGAAGGAAAAACUGCCUCUGAAAAAAAACUUAUUAAUCAAGUUCGAAAAGAAGUUGGACUACCCCCUGAACCUACAACAUCUUCAAUGAAAGAAAGAAUGAAAAUUGCACAAGAUGCCGGUAUCAUAACACCACUAGAAGGUAAGUCUGCUGCUCAAAAGGAAAAAAUAUUAAAAAAGUUGCAUGAAGCUGGAGUCCAACUACCAGAAGGAAGAACUGCAUCAGAAAAGUCAUUAAUACGAAAAGUUAAAGCCGAGCCCGUUUAUAAAGUACCAUCUAAAAAGUUGAAAGCAGCUAAAGCUGCGGGUCUUAUUACGCCACUUGAAGGAAAAUCUACUGAUCAAAAAGAAAAAAUUUUAAAAGGAUUAGCUAUGCAAGGAAUCCCCUUACCUGAAGCGAAAACAGCGUCAGAAAAGAAAUUAAUAGACAAAGUGAGAGAGGAAGUUGGCUUACCACCUGAACCAAAAACACCUUCCACUAAAGAAAAGUAUAAAAAAGCUUUAGCUGCAGGCCUUAUUACACCUUUGGAAGGAAAAUCGAAGGAACAAAAAGAAAAGAUACUCAAAGAACAAGCAAAGUUAGGACUUGCUUUACCCGAAGGGAGAACUCCAUCGGAAAAGUCCUUGAUAAAAAAAAUAAGAGCUGCUGCACCUCCUCCAUCUGAAAUGCGGAUUCCUUCUGAAAAACUAGCGAAAGCUAAAGCGGCUGGAUUAUUAACACCUUUAGAAGGAAAAGCUCCAGAACAAAAGAAAAAAAUUUUAAAGGGCUUAGCUAUGCAAGGAAUCCCCUUACCUGAAGCGAAAACAGCGUCAGAAAAGAAAUUAAUAGACAAAGUAAGAGCGGAAGUUGGCUUACCACCUGAACCAAAAACACCUUCCACUAAAGAAAAGUAUAAAAAAGCUUUAGCUGCAGGCCUUAUUACACCUUUGGAAGGAAAAUCGAAGGAACAAAAAGAAAAGAUACUCAAAGAACAAGCAAAGUUAGGGCUUGCUUUACCCGAAGGGAGAACUCCAUCGGAAAAGUCCUUGAUAAAAAAAAUAAGAGCUGCUGCACCUCCUCCAUCUGAAAUGCGGAUUCCGUCUGAAAAACUAGCGAAAGCUAAAGCGGCGGGAUUAUUAACACCUUUAGAAGGAAAAACGCCAGAACAAAAGAAAAAAAUUUUAAAGGGCUUAGCUAUGCAAGGAAUCCCCUUACCUGAAGCGAAAACAGCGUCAGAAAAGAAAUUAAUAGACAAAGUGAGAGAGGAAGUUGGCUUACCACCUGAACCAAAAACACCUUCCACUAAAGAAAAGUAUAAAAAAGCUUUAGCUGCAGGCCUUAUUACACCUUUGGAAGGAAAAUCGAAGGAACAAAAAGAAAAGAUACUCAAAGAACAAGCAAAGUUAGGGCUUGCUUUACCCGAAGGAAGAACUCCAUCGGAAAAGUCCUUGAUAAAAAAAAUAAGAGCUGCUCCACCUCCUCCAUCUGAAAUGCGGAUUCCUUCUGAAAAACUAGCGAAAGCUAAAGCGGCAGGAUUAUUAACACCCUUAGAAGGAAAAGCUCCAGAACAAAAGAAAAAAAUUUUAAAGGGCUUAGCUAUGCAAGGAAUCCCCUUACCUGAAGCGAAAACAGCGUCAGAAAAGAAAUUAAUAGACAAAGUGAGAGCGGAAGUUGGCUUACCACCUGAACCUAAAACACCUUCCACUAAAGAAAAGUAUAAAAAAGCUUUAGCUGCAGGCCUUAUUACACCUUUGGAAGGAAAAUCGAAGGAACAAAAAGAAAAGAUACUCAAAGAACAAGCAAAGUUAGGGCUUGCUUUACCCGAAGGAAGAACUCCAUCGGAAAAGUCCUUGAUAAAAAGAAUAAGAGCUGCUCCACCUCCUCCAUCUGAAAUGCGGAUUCCUUCUGAAAAACUAGCGAAAGCUAAAGCGGCUGGAUUAUUAACACCCUUAGAAGGAAAAGCUCCAGAACAAAAGAAAAAAAUUUUAAAGGGCUUAGCUAUGCAAGGAAUCCCCUUACCUGAAGCGAAAACAGCGUCAGAAAAGAAAUUAAUAGACAAAGUGAGAGAGGAAGUUGGCUUACCACCUGAACCAAAAACACCUUCCACUAAAGAAAAGUAUAAAAAAGCUUUAGCUGCAGGCCUUAUUACACCUUUGGAAGGAAAAUCGAAGGAACAAAAAGAAAAGAUACUCAAAGAACAAGCAAAAUUAGGACUUGCUUUACCCGAAGGGAGAACUCCAUCGGAAAAGUCCUUGAUAAAAAAAAUAAGAGCUGCUGCACCUCCUCCAUCUGAAAUGCGGAUUCCUUCUGAAAAACUAGCGAAAGCUAAAGCGGCUGGAUUAUUAACACCGUUAGAAGGAAAAACGCCAGAACAAAAGAAAAAAAUUUUAAAGGGCUUAGCUAUGCAAGGAAUCCCCUUACCUGAAGCGAAAACAGCGUCAGAAAAGAAAUUAAUAGACAAAGUGAGAGAGGAAGUUGGCUUACCACCUGAACCAAAAACCCUUCCACUAAGAAAGUAUAAAAAAGCUUUAGCUGCAGGCCUUAUUACACCUUUGGAAGGAAAAUCGAAGGAACAAAAAGAAAAGAUACUCAAAGAACAAGCAAAGUUAGGGCUUGCUUUACCCGAAGGAAGAACUCCAUCGGAAAAGUCCUUGAUAAAAAAAAUAAGAGCUGCUCCACCUCCUCCAUCUGAAAUGCGGAUUCCUUCUGAAAAACUAGCGAAAGCUAAAGCGGCGGGAUUAUUAACACCUUUAGAAGGAAAAGCUCCAGAACAAAAGAAAAAAAUUUUAAAGGGCUUAGCUAUGCAAGGAAUCCCCUUACCUGAAGCGAAAACAGCGUCAGAAAAGAAAUUAAUAGACAAAGUGAGAGAGGAAGUUGGCUUACCACCUGAACCUAAAACACCUUCCACUAAAGAAAAGUAUAAAAAAGCUUUAGCUGCAGGCCUUAUUACACCUUUGGAAGGAAAAUCGAAGGAACAAAAAGAAAAGAUACUCAAAGAACAAGCAAAGUUAGGGCUUGCUUUACCCGAAGGAAGAACUCCAUCGGAAAAGUCCUUGAUAAAAAAAAUAAGAGCUGCUCCACCUCCUCCAUCUGAAAUGCGGAUUCCUUCUGAAAAACUAGCGAAAGCUAAAGCGGCAGGAUUAUUAACACCUUUAGAAGGAAAAGCUCCAGAACAAAAGAAAAAAAUUUUAAAGGGCUUAGCUAUGCAAGGAAUCCCCUUACCUGAAGCGAAAACAGCGUCAGAAAAGAAAUUAAUAGACAAAGUGAGAGAGGAAGUUGGCUUACCACCUGAACCUAAAACACCUUCCACUAAAGAAAAGUAAAAAGCUUUAGCUGCAGGCCUUAUUACACCUUUGGAAGGAAAAUCGAAGGAACAAAAAGAAAAGAUACUCAAAGAACAAGCAAAGUUAGGGCUUGCUUUACCCGAAGGGAGAACUCCAUCGGAAAAGUCCUUGAUAAAAAAAAUAAGAGCUGCUGCACCUCCUCCAUCUGAAAUGCGGAUUCCUUCUGAAAAACUAGCGAAAGCUAAAGCGGCAGGAUUAUUAACACCUUUAGAAGGAAAAACCCCAGAACAAAAGACAAAAAUUUUAAAGGGCUUAGCUAUGCAAGGAAUCCCCUUACCUGAAGCAAAAACAGCGUCAGAAAAGAAAUUAAUAGACAAAGUGAGAGCGGAAGUUGGCUUACCACCUGAACCAAAAACACCCUCGGAAAAAAAAAAGUACGAAAAAGCCUUAGCUGCAGGCUUUAUAACGCCUUUGGAAGGAAAAUCAAAGGAACAAAAAGAAAAGAUACUCAAAGAACAAGCGAAAUUAGGGCUUGCUUUACCCGAAGGAAGAACUCCUUCAGAAAAAUCCUUGAUAGAAAAAGUGAAAACUGCUGGACCUCCCCCAUCUGAAAUGCGGGUUCCAUCUGCGAAAUUGGCGAAAGCUAAAGCUGCAGGAUUAUUAACACCCUUAGAAGGAAAAACGCCAGAACAAAAGAAAAAAAUUUUAAAGGGCUUAGCAAUGCAAGGAAUCCCCUUACCGGAAGGAAAAACAGCAUCAGACAAGAAAUUGAUAGAAAAAGUAAGAGCUGAAGUUGGUUUGCCACCAGCCCCCGAAACAUCGUCGGCAAAGACAAAAUAUAAAAAGGCUCUCGCUGCAGGUCUUAUUACGCCAUUAGAAGGGAAGACGAAGGAACAGAAGGAAAAAAUACUAAAAGGCCAAGCAAAAUUAGGUCUUCCUUUACCUGAAGGUAGAACUGCAUCCGAAAAGUCCUUGAUAGAAAAAGUGAAAGCUGCUGGACCUCCUCCAUCUGAAAUGCGGGUUCCGUCUGCGAAAUUAGCAAAGGCGAAGGCUGAAGGGUUAUUAACACCGUUAGAAGGUAAAACUCCGGAACAGAAGAAAAAAAUUUUAAAGGGCUUGGCUAUGCAAGGAAUUCCAUUGCCCGAAGCUAAAACAGAAUCUGAAAAGCAAUUAAUAGAUAAAGUAAAAGCUGAAGUUGGUUUGCCACCGGAACCGGAAACAAAAUCUGCAAAAGUUAAAUAUAAAAAGGCUCUCGCCGCUGGACUCAUAACACCAUUAGAAGGAAAAACAAAGGAACAAAAGGAAAAAAUUCUGAAAGGUCAAGCUAAAUUGGGACUACCAAUGCCCGAAGGGCGCACGUCUUCAGAGAAAUCACUUAUAGCGAAAGUAAGACUUACUGCCAAUUUGCCAUCAGAAAUCCGUGUCCCUUCAGAGAAGUUACGAAAAGCAAAAGCUGCGGGCCUUCUGACACCUUUAGAAGGAAAAUCUCCUGAGGAAAAGGAACAAAUACUCAGGGGAUUGGCAAUGCAAGGAAUCCCAUUACCGGUAUCAAAAACUGCAUCGGAAAAAAAAAUUACAGAUAAAAUACGGGCUGAAAUCGGCCUUCCCCCAGAACCUAAAUCAGCGAAAGAUAAACAAAAAUAUGUAGAUGCUAUUGCUGCUGGUAUUAUAACACCUUUAGAAGGAAAAACUACCGAUCAAAAAGAGAAGAUACUUAAAGCACAAGCAAAAAUGGGUUUAACUUUACCUGAUGGCAGAACACCUUCAGAAAAAUCUCUUAUAGCUAGAAUAAAAACAGCUGCACCUUCAGAAAAAUAUGCGCCAUCAUACGUGUUACGUGAAGCUAAAGAGGCUGGACUCUUAACACCUUUGCAGGGUAAGUCACAGAAGCAAAAGGAAAAAAUUAUUAAAGGACUGGCAAAGCGUGGUUUACCUCUCCCCGAAGCAAAAACUGAGUCAGAGAGGAAACUUAUUGAAAAGGUGCAAGGCGAAAUAAAAGGACGGCCAGCUUUGCCACCAGAAAAGUUAAAAAAAUUGGACAAAAAGACUGCCAAAGUCAUUAAAGAAGGAAAAGGUCCCAGUGACGAAUGUAUUUGUGAUUUAUUAACACCCGAAUCGGAACGCCCUCCUAUAGGUAUAACUGCAAUUAAAAUGCCUUCCAAGAAAAUUUCAAAACCUACGAAAGUUAUAUCUGAAAAAAUAAGAAAAGCUAAAGCUGCUGGUUUGAUAACCCCUCUGGAGGGCAAAAGUAUGAAACAAAAAGAAGAAAUUCUGAAAGGUUUAGCUGAAGCGGGUUUACCUUUACCCGAAGGAAAGACUCCGUCGGAAAAACUGUUGGUACAAAAAGUUAAGACCGAAUAUGGAAUACCUCCAAAAGCUAAAACUGUAUCUGAGAAACAGUUGAUAGAAAAGGCAAAGGCUGAAGGAUUAUUAACACCCUUGAAGGGAAAAACUCCAUCACAGAAAGAAAAAAUAUUAAAGGGUUUGGCUGAAGCGGGUUUGCCAAUGCCAGAAGGUUCAACGCCCUCUGAAAAAUCGUUGAUUCAAAGAAUAAGAACAGUGGUUGGUCUUCCUCCUGAACCUACACCUUCGGAAAAGUUAGGUAAGGUAAGAACAAAAUCAAGAAAAAUUGGUGUUGGAGAAGUACGUAAAGCUGAAAGAAAAGUAGGAGUGUCAAAGUCAAAAACAGGUAUUGUUGAAGAAUUUGAAGAUAUCAUUAAAACUACCACCUGUGACAGGGGUUGCGGUUGCGAUAAGAAGAAAAUUAGAUUUAAACAUAGCUAUGUAAAAAUACGAGUCACAUCGCCAGACAUUUCAUCCUUAUGUCCAUGCCCAGAAGAGUGCCUUCCCGGAGUGAAAGGAGGAGUUUUUACGGAUAGUGAAGGAAUAAAAGUAACAGUUGGUAGAGUUUCAGGCAUUUCGCCCUUUCCUUCUAACGAGUUUUCUAAAUUUAAACCUGUGUCAACUUCAUCGUUGCCAUCUUUUAAUUUAUACAGAGGAAACAUUGAACACCAUCUAUCACAAAAUAAAACUUUACAGAGUAUUUACUCUCGUAAAAAUUCAAUACAAUUUACCGACAGUUCACACACUUGUGGUGAGUCAACUUAUAAUAAAUACAAAAAAAUACGAAACAAUAAAGGCUCAAGCACAAUUAACACAUGUAACUCAGACAUGGAAACGGAUGAUGUAUCCCAGUGUAUUUGUGAAGAAGAAACCACAGGACAUUCUAGUUUAGAAACUUUAUACUUACUAAAGACGGAAUCAUCAGUGAGUCUCUCAAGCUUUUCAGAUAUUAUAAGCAUAAUAUCUAUUUCUACUUCCACCGUAGACAACUCCUUGUAUUCCGAAUAUUUUGAAAGAGAUAAUGAAUAUAAUUCCGAGUUAGAGGAGUCUUUUGAAAAUAAGAACUUUGACAUCAGCGUGACAAGUCUGGAAGAGUCCUUGUGGACAAACGAUUAUACAUUCUCUCAGACGACUGGUUCGGAACCAAAAAUCAAUCUAAGUUUAACAACAUUACAAAUGACAAAUUUAAAAACGAGGCUUUUUGAUUUGCUUGAGAGUAAUGAAUUGGAUCAAAAAGAUUCGAUGGUGGAUGAGCUGGAUGAACGUGAUAUAAGAUUUCUAUUGCGAAAAAUUAUAUCAAACAGGUCUUUACAUGACUCUUCGUCAUUAAUUAUUCUCAUUCCGACUACAUCUGAAGAAUACUGUUCCGAUGACUUGUCACAGAAUUGUAUAAAUUCUGCAAUAUGUAUUCCACUAAGUGACAAACCUUGCAACAAGAACCCAAGCAGUUGUGAAUAUAAUUCAAAAUACCGUCAAGGUCUAAAGAUUGUUAAAAAAAAUAAAGACGUCAUUCAGAAGGAUAUUCAAAUUACAUUUAAAAAGCAGCAAAAAUCUAAACAAAUGCAAAAUAGUAAAAGAAAAAAUUGCGGUCUUAAUAAAACAACUCAAGACCAGCUAUCUCAGUUUUCAAGUGUUUCCAUUAAGACUAAGAGUGACACUGGAAGAGUUUUUAGUGCUGACACAACGCAAGAUAGGCCCUGCUGUUGCCAAACACAAAAAAUGCAGCAAUUGAAAAAUGCCACGGGACAAAUAGAUCAUACUGUUGAAAAUGUUAUAUCAGAAUUAGUGACACCUAUGAUGCGUAAGGAAGCUGUCGCACAAGGCUUAAGCCAUGAUCAAGUUCCUGAGAUCAAAAGGCCAAGAAAAGAACUGCCACGUAAAACGUCCUAUCCCAAUGUAUUGAAAACCUCGUCGAACUUUUGUCAACAAACUUCAGUAAGCCUGUGUAAAAUUCCUCCAUGUAGAGGGCAAAUUGGACCGUAUCAUCCCACGCCACCCCCUAACCCUGGUAUAAUGUGUCCCAUACCAAACAGUAAAGUAAACAAGUCGUGCGAUUGUAGUCCUGAGAAAUUAGAAAUGAUUUUCAAAAAAGUAGCGAAACAAAUGAUUUCUACUAGUUGUGGGAGCUCAGGAGAAUUUAAAGGAAAUCUAAAAUCCAAUUUGAAAAAAGUGACAACGUCAAUGCCAAAAACUUUAGAUCAGUCAUGUAGCACUUGCGAACCAAUGAAGUUUGAGGGAAACAUCAAUUGCCGUUGCAGUGGAAAGGAAAAGAAAAUCAAACUGCCUGAAUUGUGCCCCUGCGAGAAAUACCGGCAAGGAAGUGAAGUAAACUCGUUCGAUACCGACACAGGAUCUCAACAAAAGGACAAGAAGCAAAAAAAGAAAUCUAUGAAAGGCAAGAAGAAUUUUAUAUGCGAAUGUCCAGAGGAACCAGAACCAGAACCAGAACCUGUCCCCGAGUUUUACAUCGAUGAGAGAUUAGUAAAGAAAAUGAAGUCGGACUUAACGCAAACCACAUCUGGCUUCACAUUCAAUAUAACUCGCAAGAACAUCGAAACGGAAAUGAGUUUCGAGGACGCUCUUAGAUUUUUUGAGGAACACCCCGAGUUUGUUCCACGACAAUACAAUGAAGAAUUAUGCGCAUGCCGAAAUAAAGCAUUAGGAAUAACGAGAUCUGGGUCCGCCCAAUGUAUAUGUCCGGAGGAGAUUCCACUGUUUACAGAACCAGAAGAGCCUUUUAAAGGAAUCAAAUUUCAAAUAGGUGCCAAAGGCUCAGGAUCAAAAGGGCUCAGUGGCAUUUUAUGCUUUGACGUCGUCGAGAACUAAAUUAUUUUAUUUCCCACUCACAAAAGGAGAAGUUAGGAGCUUUUUGUACUUUGUCGAAAAAUACGUGAUAUCAUGGUAACGUUGUUUACGUAAAUUAUGUCGAUUUUAUAUAGUUGUUUGUUGUUUUUGUAUAUAAAGAUGUUUUGUAAAAAGAAAAUUGAUAUCUUUAAAUUUUUUAUAAUGUUUUUGAAAAAUAAUAAACAUAUUAGAUUUUUUU